AUGGCGGCCAUCGAAUCCAUCUUCCAAGAGUAUGCAGAGUGCCUCAACCGCCGACUCCCCGACGGGAACAUGGCCAAGUUCUCGUCUACUGGGCGCUCAUCCUCUCAGCUUUUGAGCUUGCCGGCCGGCUUCGAGCACCUCGAAGAGGCAAGUGACGUGAACAUUACCAUUCUUCACCAAAUUGGCGACGCUUUUACUGGCGAUUUGGCUGCAAUCCUCCUCGUGCGGAUUUCACGCAAAGGCUUCUCUCCUACUUCAACCACCACUGCGACAAUCGAAUUCCGCCGACACGUUUUCUGCCAAGUUCAGGGCACCACUGUCUCCAACAUCAAGGUUAUAGACGAUGUCGAUGCGUUACGCAACAGCGAAUCGCAGGCGGUCUGUCCUCCAAGCUGGAGCGCUAAAGCUCCCCUUCCAGGGUUCUGUCUCGCUGAGGCGUACCGCGCAUACUUCAACUGCGUCUCUACCAGGACCAUGGAAGAGAACCUGUCGAAAUUCACCCACGAUCACAUUACGUUCAAUGGACAUUCUGUAACCCGCGAACAGUAUAGAGGAGCCAUGGAAGAGUGUCACGACGUCAUGGCGGAUUGCAAGAACACGCUCGAGAAGCUUAUUGUUGAUGAGGGGAAACAGCAACUUGCAGCCAGAGUGGUAUUUGAGUGGACACCAGUUAAGGCUUGGAAUGGAAUAGAGCCAACCGGUAAAAGAGUCAAGUUUACAGAGCAUGUAUUCGUAUGGUUCGACGAGGGUAAAAUGCACACAAGUGUCACUUUGUUGGAUAUGGAAGCUUUCAAACAGCAGAUGAGAGUCUAG